GCGCGGAGGCUGUCGGGAACAAAACAAACGGCCGUUGGGCUCUCGAGACGGUGACCAACGCGCGAGAGAGAGACAGAGAGAGAGAGAGACAACGAGAGAGAGGCGCGGGGGGAGCGGCGCCAGGCCCGGGCCCGCCCAGUAUUUUUGGUCAAAUUGCACGCAUCAAAGUAUUUGAAUGAAUAUUUCAGGAAAUGUCUCGCCGGGAACAUUGAUUUAACAAUCAGAAGGGUUUAGGUUACCAGAGUAUAACUGAACACGGAACGGGCGAUAAAUAAUGGGUGUGCGAACAUUUACACACAAUUCUCCAGUCCAUGGCCAAGAGCUGCUGGGGAAAUUAAACAAACUCCGCAAUGAAGGACAGUUCUGCGAUGUGACUAUUCGGGUCCAGGACAAGCUCUUUAGGGCCCACAAAGUGGUUCUUGCUGCAUGUAGCGAGUUCUUCAGGGCGAAACUUAUCACGCAAUCAGAUGGAGAGGAAUGUAUUUUGGAUUUGAAUCAUGUUACCGUGAGUGGGUUUUCACCACUGUUGGAGUAUGCAUACACCGCUACUCUUGCGAUCAAUACCGAGAAUAUUAUUGAUGUUUUGGCAGCUGCAAGCUACAUGCAGAUGUUCCAUGUCGCAAAUACUUGUUCAGAGUUCAUGAAAUCAAGUAUCCUGUGGAACACAAACAGUAGUCAGCCAGGACCAGUCCCCUCACUUCCUCAAGAGACCAGUGGAGCCUGCAUCAUUCAAUCCCACGAUGAUAGUCUAUCUCCAGUAUCAUCAGACUGUAGUUCUGUGGAAAAAAGCAAGCCCAGAGAAUCGCGCAGGAAACGAAAGAACUUCAUCAUGGUUUCCCCUGAGAGUCCCACUGAAUCUGCAGUACAGCCUAAUUCAUCACAAGCCGUAAAUCCCUCUGUAACCUUUUCAGAUACCAGGACCCAGCAACCUGUAGACUCCUCUUUGUCGUUUCAAUGGACCUAUCCUUUGGGUGCUGAUCGCCGGACCCAAACAGACAAAUCUAAACAGACGGAAAGUGUUAGGGCCUUAGAGCAGACUGCAAGCACAGAGGUGACUGGAAGAGUGCCUGAUUACACUAAUUGCGAGAGUACAAAAACAUCGUCCCCAAUGAUGGAAGAUGACGUGCGGAUCAAAGUUGAAAGGUUAAGUGAUGAUGAAGGUCACGAGGAGGUUUCACAACCUGUCAGUGCUUCCCAGAGUUCCCUUAGCGACCACCAAACUGUACCAGGGAGUGAACAGGCUCAGGAAGAUCUACUGAUCAGUCCCCAGUCGUCCUCCAUUGGAUCAAUCGAUGAAGGGGUUACAGAGGGGCUACCAACGCUCCAAGGCACUUCUGGUGCCAACACUCACCCUGAUGAUGACGAUAGAUUGGAGAGUGGGCAGUACUCGUACCAGCUGUACAUCAACCCGUCGACUAGUGGCACAGAAAGACCAAGUCCAAACGGUCCGGACAAACCUUUCCAGUGUCCCACGUGUGGUGCCCGCUUCACUCGCAUUCAGAACCUCAAACAGCAUAUGCUGAUUCACUCAGGUAUAAAACCCUUUCAGUGCGACCGGUGUGGGAAAAAGUUCACCAGAGCAUACUCUUUAAAGAUGCAUCGUCUCAAGCACGAAGGCAAGCGCUGUUUCCGAUGCCAGAUAUGCAGUGCGACGUUCACUUCAUUUGGAGAAUACAAACACCACAUGCGCGUUUCAAGGCAUAUUAUCCGAAAGCCUCGGAUCUACGAGUGUAAAACGUGCGGUGCCAUGUUUACUAACUCUGGAAAUUUAAUCGUCCACCUGAGGAGCCUGAACCAUGAAGCAUCUGAGUUAGCAUCCUACUUCCAGAGCAGUGACUUCAUUGUUCCAGACUAUCUUAAACAGGAGCAAGAAGAAGCCCUUGCCCAGUAUGAGCUAGGAGACAACGGUUUUGAGAACAACUCAUCUGUGCAAAUGCCUGUUAUUUCACAGGUGUCCUCCACACAGAACUGUGACAGUGCAUUCCCCCUCGGUCAUUUGGCUGGGCUUAUCAACAAAGAUGAGGAAAUAACGGAGGAACAGAAGACAAAUAACUCUGAGGUCAAUGGAAUCCUUGGUAUCAGGGAGGAGCUGCAUAAGAGAGCAUCUCCAGAAGAAGGACCCAAUGUCCUUUACAAUUAAAUUGGGUUUGGCUGUUUACCUCCAGUUCUUUUGGAGAAAGUGCCUGGACUUGGGUCAAAUGAUUCUUGGACCUUUUCUGAACCUUUUAUUUAAAAUAGGUCAACGAUGCACAAGUUACGUUAUUUACUCCUCAAAGCGAGUGCACACGUUAAAAAGCCUUCACUUCAAGGUACAAGCACAUCAAGCCACAUUUUGCAUAAUUCACUCUGAAGUCAGGCAGACCCUGGAAGAAACUGGUACAGCUUUUAAAUAAUGCAUAGCAAACAAUCUGCUAUAUUUAAAAAAAAAUAGCCUAUACUUUUAUAUAUCCUGAUGACAUUAUUUGCUCUGUCAUGUUGACAUCUGUGGAUACAAUUUGGGAUUAAUGUUGAAAUGCUGCAUUGGUGGUCAAAAGAACAAUCAUCUCGACUUUUUCUGCAUCAAGUCACUCUUGGAAACAUAUCGGAUGUUUAAAUAGCACAUACAUGCUAACUGCCUGGAAUCGUUUUAUGAAAUAUGUUCAGUCUUUUAAUACAAUAAAAUAAUGUUCACACGGUAUCUCACAUUUCAGAAUGUCCACCAGAAGAACAGCAUUUUUUUAAUAGCUUAAAUUACAUUUGUACAAUAAUGGAAUUUUUUUUAUCAAUAACAGUGCUCUGGAUACCUACUGUUACGUACUGCUUAGUAGUUUCUUUUCACCACUCCAAAUAGUGCCAUAUUUACUUAUAAUCAACUGAUUGAUUAUUGGUCAAUCUUCUUAAAGUACCACCAAGAAAUUGGAGGGGGGAGCAGUUUCAUGAGCCCCCUAGAUGUACCUUUGAGGAAGGUUUUGGCUCAUUUGACCAUUAUAUUCUAAACGUUCAUUUGACCAUUAUAUUCCUGGCUGAGAAGAUGAAAGUUCCGAUUACAUUUUAUUUCUGUGUUUUUAAAAGAGAAACCAAAUAUGUCAAUUAGUUGUUGGUUUUAAGACUGAUAUCAUUAAGUUCCUGGCCAAGUGAGCAAUCUUGAAAUACAUGUUCAGGAGUUGAUUCGGGAGCCAUUCAAUUUGAUGCUUUUUCUCUGAUGGCCUAUUUUACCUCUACAGAAUGGUUUGCAACUGGAAACAUUCAAAAACAUUUUCCAUUAUGUACUUUACUGUUGAUCUGAAACAAAGGCGAAUGCAUAUUCCCUACAAAGAUAUGUCUAGCUACCUUUAUAGUCUGUUGUAACUUGUGGAUGUACGUUAACAUUGACACCACAGUUGGUGGCACGUUAGUGAAGAGUAUUUUCAGGGAGCUUGUUUGCCUUGGCUGUUGUUGAAUUGGUGGUUUAUUGCAGACUUUUCUAAGACAAAGUUUUUUUUGUGCUAACUAAUGACUGGUUUUAAGCGUAAAUGUUCAAACAUAGAUUUCUACAGCUGGUAAGAUUUUUUUUAUAAUCGUAAUCUACACAUUUGCUGUUUUGUGAAGUGUCCACCUAUUAAAGGUGUUAAUUAUAAGUGUUGAUCCUUUUGUUAAUAUGUUCGUAGGAUCAAGUGAUAUUUUGACAAUCUGAAAGCAUGCUGUGGUUGAUUAAGGCAUGUGUGGAGUUUAUUUUAUUUUAAUUUUAGUAGUCCUGGUAUUUUAAAACAUGAAAAUAUUUAGAAAAUAGUAGUCCUACAGAUAAGGCUCAAAUACAUCAAUGCAAUUGGCUGUAUUCAAUUUAAUGUAGUUCUUUUGUAAAUUAACCUUAGCAGCAAUGCAGAAAGAUUUCUGCUUCUAGGUACAUACAUAGAACUCUUUGAAAGGUGGCAUAGCUGGAAAAGCCUCUACUGCAAUGUUCAUUUUGUAGAUAAUGAAGCCUGGAUAAAUUUAUCACUGAUCCAUGAAAUAUAAUACCAAUGUUUCAGCUUCUUUAUAUAACAGACAACCUGAUAGUCCAACUAUUUCUCAGUAUACUUUUGCCCCAUCUCCUUUUAUCACCCCUCUUCCACGGGAACAUUUGGUUCCUCAAGAUAGUUUUAUUUUAUGUAAGAACGAAACAUGUUGAAGCUUUUUUCAAUUUAAUUCCAACUAGUAGUUUGCUUCCCUCUGGUCUCAUUUUGAUCUGUUUACUAAGCAAAUAGAAAUAAAAGAAACAUGGCUCAAAGUACACUAUUUUUAAAAUAUGUGCACGUUUGAAGUAGUUAUCAUACUGCAGUGAUUACCCAUUAUAAAAUCUUAUUAAGAUCAAUGCAGUAAUGUCACUAAGAGCCUAAUUUUCUUUUAAAAAUACUACUUAAUAUGAAUGCCUUCCCAUCUGUAUCCUGAUUUUAAAUGCUUUUCAUUGCCAGCAAUCAAGACUCUUUUCUGGUGCGAGAUGAAAUAUACUUCCUGAUAUUGCAAGAGUAAGGUUUUGCCAACCAUAAUCAAAUCAGUCCACUUUUGUACAUUGUACAAAAGGUAAAUCCUUUCCCAGUUGUGAAACUCUCAUCCAUUGUAUCUAAGCAGGAAAAUUCCAACAACCAGAAGUGGUUUAACAUUGCGGAGCUUGUUGCAUUUAUUAACAAGAGUUCUAGUUUGCUCUUAUUAAAAGGUUCCAAUUCCAGUAAAGGGCAUUUUGAUGGUGAAAAUCUACAAGCAACAAUCAAUGGUUAAAUGUACUCUUUAAUUCAUACCUAAAAGAUGAUAGAUACGGUUGGUGAUAGCAGUGAUUGUCCAGUUUGUUUACAUCGGAAUCGUUAAAAAGUAGUUAAUUUGCACUAUAUCCUAAAUGUGCAUCUUUUGAAUGGUUUGCAUUUAUGUACUUUGCAUUCGAAUAAAGCCCAGCACUUUUUGGUGAUCCUAAACUUUCAUAUUCCCAUAACUGCCAUUAAAACUAUUUCAAGGACAUUAUCACAGCUGAGCCUACAGUGGUCACUGUUGUGGUCACCUAUUGUAUAUAGUGUACAUGGAUUGAUAACUUUGCAAUAUUGCUAACCAUUUUAAGCAAAAGGUUGCAGGUAGAAUUUUUGAUAGUGUGAUUGCCAGCAAAUUGGAGUUUUUCUUUUGGUUUUACGAUCCUGUUUUCACCAGCGUUUCCCGUGUACACGAUAGAUUGCAAACGUUAAGCAAGUCGUGGGGAUAAAAUGUUUUUUUUAACAUAUAUUGUAACAGAUCCCAAUUUAAUACGUGUUUGAAUUCUAAAUGUAAAAGACAUUCUAUCCUGGCUAUAGUUUACUAUAUUGAUGCUGUUACGGGUGUGUGUGUGUGUGUGUGUUUAUAUAUAUUUAAAUAUAUAUAUAUAUAA